GCCGGUAAACCGAAGCCUGGGAGAGUUCCAGGCUUGGGCAUCUGCUGAGGGCGAGGAACUGGUCGCGGCGCUGGGUGGGCUUGCAGCUGUGACGCUUAUGUGGACACCUCAGUCUCCCUUGGUGGUGGUUCACCUCGGUUUCCCAGUUUAUAUUACUGACGUCAACAGAUAAAUGAUUGCUGAAUAAGGAAGAAGAGUUGGAAUUGCUUCAAGCCUCCGGACUUUUAGCGCUAGUCUCACCCACUCCCUUCUACUUCCAGGUCGGGGGGCGGGUCCGAAAGAAAGGCGGAAGCCAGUGUGCCCGGCGGUCUCACGCCCGUAACAAUUUCUGAGUAGGGCGUCGCUUGAGUUUUUCGGAAAGUCUCCACACCCCCCGCCCCCAUCGUCUUUUUAGGAAGUCCCUUAAUGUUUGGCUUCAUUAUUCCCACAUCCCCUUCCUAACUACUUGCCUGCACUUCUGGAGAAAAAGACUGCAGAAAGGAGAGGUGGGGCUGUGAGUAGCAACAAGCAAACCGCAGGUCCCUGUUGGGGGACCCUCCAGGAAGAAGAUUCCCAAGAACCCUGGGCGACAGUUAUGGAGAAGCGUCUGCAGGAGGCUCAGCUGUACAAGGAGGAAGGGAACCAGCGCUACCGGGAAGGGAAGUACCGAGAUGCUGUGAGUAGGUACCAUCGAGCUCUGCUUCAGCUGCGGGGUCUGGAUCCGAGUCUGCCCUCUCCAUUACCUAAUCUCGGACCUCAGGGCCCGGCCCUCACGCCUGAACAAGAAAACAUACUGCAUACCACCCAGACUGACUGCUACAACAAUCUAGCUGCCUGUCUCCUUCAGAUGGAGCCCGUGAAGUACGAACGAGUGAGAGAAUAUAGUCAGAAAGUCCUGGAACGACAGCCUGAUAAUGCCAAGGCCUUGUAUCGGGCCGGAGUGGCCUUUUUCCAUCUGCAGGACUAUGACCAGGCCCGCCACUACCUCCUGGCUGCCGUCAAUAGGCAGCCUAAAGAUGCCAACGUCCGGCGGUACCUCCAGCUGACACAGUCAGAACUCAGCAGCUACCAUAGAAAAGAGAAGCAGCUCUACCUGGGCAUGUUUGGUUAACAAAGAAGAAAGAUGCUCCUCCAGUUGAACUUAGGUGGACCAUUAAACAUGCAUGAAGGAGAAACCUGACCCUCAGCAAGAUAAAUUAACCCUAUACCUCUGACCCAGGUGGAUUUUUGUUUCCAGUUCUGCACAAACUUUACUACUUAGACAGUCUGAGUCUUUUUUUGUCUAUCCUGUUUAUUUCUAUAGUGUUCAAUACAUGUUAUUGUUGGGGAUAUUUGCCUUGAGAAAUAUAAUCAGAAAAUAU